GACCUAUGUACUACAAAGGAGUUUACCACCUUUUUUACCAACAUAACCCUUAUGCAGCAACCUUUGGCGAUAACAUAGUAUGGGGUCACUCUGUGUCUUAUGAUCUUGUGAACUGGAUUCAUCUAAACAAUGCUAUUGAACCAAGUGAGGUAUAUGACAUCAAUAGCUGCUGGUCUGGCUCAGCCACAAUCCUCCCAGAUGAAAAACCUGUAAUCAUGUAUACUGGGAUUGCUGACAACAAACAUCAAGUUCAGAACUUGGCCAUGCCAAAGAAUCUAUCAGACCCGUUCUUAAGGGAGUGGAUCAAACACACUCAAAACCCUGUAUUAACUCCACCUAGUGGAGCUGAAGUAGACAAUUUUAGAGACCCUUCAACUGCUUGGCAUGGAAGGGAUGGAAAAUGGAGAGUAAUCAUUGGUGCUCAAAACGGUGAUGAAGGAAAGGCUAUUCUCUACCAAAGUGAAGACUUUGUUAAUUGGAAAGUAGAUCCUAACCCUUUUUAUGCAUCAGACAACACUGGAGUAUGUGAAUGUCCUGACUUCUUUCCUGUAUCCAUCAAUGGCACGAAUGGGGUGGACACAUCUGUUCAAAAUCCAAGUGUUAGGCAUGUCAUGAAGAUAGGGUACCUAAGAAUACAACAUGAUUACUAUUUUCUUGGUAAAUAUCUCUCUGAUCAGGAUAAGUUUAUUGCAGAUACUAAAUUUACAGGAACUAGUUUGGACUUGAGGUACGACUAUGGUAAAUUUUAUGCUUCCAAGUCAUUUUUUGACUAUGCCAAGAACAGGAGGAUAUUAUGGGGUUGGGUAAACGAAUCUGACACCACACAAGAUGAUAUUAUGAAAGGAUGGGCUGGUGUUCAGGCCAUUCCUAGACAGGUCUGGCUUGAUAAUGAGAGUGGAAAGCAAUUGAUACAAUGGCCAAUUGAAGAAGUAGAAAAACUACGUGGCAAGAAAUUCAGUAUUAACCAAGAGAACCUCAUCAGUGGAUCAAUUCUUGAAGUUUCAGGUAUCACUGCUUCACAGGCUGAUGUAGAGGCAGAGUUUGAGCUACCCGAAUUAGAAAGUGCGGAGCCCUUAGAUGCUAAAAGGGUUGAUCCCCAACUGCUAUGUGGUGAAGAAUAUGCAUCAAGAAGUGGCAUAAUAGGGCCAUUUGGUUUAUCAGCUUUAGCCUCAGACGACUUAAGAGAACAGACUGUAAUCUUCUUUCGAAUAUAUAAAGCUUCAAACAAAUAUACAGGCCUAAUGUGCAGUGAUCAGAGCAGGUCUUCACUGAGGAAGGACCUUGAUAAAACGACAUAUGGAACUUUCUUUGAUGUAGAUCCCAACCUCAGAAGGAUUUCACUCAGAAGCUUGAUUGACCACUCCAUUAUUGAAAGCUUUGGUGAGGGAGGGAGAGUUUGUAUCACCAGUAGAGUUUAUCCCUUAAUGGCUACUGGCCAAGAAGCUCAUCUUUAUGUAUUUAACAAUGGAACCAAGAGUGUGCUAAUCUCAAAACUGAAUGCUUGGUCCAUGAAGAAAGCAGAGAUUGGCCACCAGAAAAGCAUAAGCUACAUCCUGUAG